AAAAUAUCCUUGAUAGAAUUAAAUUACACAUAACCUAAUUAAAAGCGAAACAACACAUCAAAUCAUUUCCUGUAACAAUGAGGCGAAGAGGAGCCGGCAUAGCUGCAAUAAAAAACAAAAAUUUAGCACAGGCAAAGUAUAAAGAUAAAGGAAAUGAGAUAGCAGAAGAUCAGUUUGCCCAGAUGUCGAAACAGAUGGAGACAUUCAAAGGUCAUCUAGAAGAUUUUACAGCCAAACAUAAAGAUGAGAUCAGGAAGGAUCCAGAGUUCCGAGCACAGUUCCAAGAAAUGUGUGCUUCUGUUGGUGUUGAUCCUCUUGCUUGUAAGUUGAAUCACUCGGUUCCUUCAAUUGUUGAAAAUAACUUUAAUUGGAAGUCUCAAAGAAUAAUCUUGAACAUUUUUGGUUUUGCAUUUUUUUUUUUGCUUGUUGUUUCAGUACAUAGUAAGAGCAUUAGAUUACCCCUGAUUUAA